UGUUGAUUCGAUGUAUAUAUAUUGUGUUUUUCUCUGUUGUGUUUUUUAUUUGAAACAAUAAAACAUUUUAAUUACAAAAGAAUCAGAUGAUUAGACUCAUUUGUUCGGUAAUUGGAUUAUACUGGACACGCUAUGUGUUUUGCACUGAAGAUUCAAAAUAAUCUGUCUGUUCGAGUCAUUUGUGCAGGAAGCAGACUACACUGGAUGCACUGUGCGUUACUCACUGUAGAUUCAAGAGAAUCAUCUCAUAAGAGUCAUUUGUUCGUGAAUCGGACUACACUGGACAUGCAUUGUUUUUUACGCUGUAGAUUCAAAAGAAUUGGCUUAUUCAAGACAUUUAUUUGGAAAUCUGACUACACUGAUGGCGCUGUGUAUUUCAUACUGUAGAUUUUUUUUUUAAAUCGGCACAUUCGAAAAAAAUGCAUGUUUAAGAACCGUUAAUGGAACUGAAAGUAAUGAAAAUCAUACAGUUCCAGUAUUUAUGUAUUUUUUUUUUUUUUUUGUGAAAAUGGAACUGGUUCCCAAACGUAGUAAUCACCAGCUCAUCAAAUAAAGAUUCUGCAUUUUUUAAGCCUAUAACAGAUCAUCUCCAGAUCAUCUCUCCUUAUUCUGCUGGACCUUUCUGUACUCUUUGACACAGUCAACCAUCAGAUCCUCCUGUCCACCCUCUCUUCUCUGGGCAUAACAGGAACUGUCUCUCAGCCCGACACCACAGUGACUGCUCGAAUCUCGGCCUGUUUGGCAGACAUCUCGGCCUGAAUGAAGGAACACCACCUGCAACUUAAACUAGCGAAGAGCAAGCUCCUCGUCUUUCCAGCCAACCCUGCUGUUGAGCACAACAUCACGGUUCAGCUGGAUUCAUCUACAAUAACAUCAUCCAAAAUGGUCAGAAAUCUAGGGGCCUCUGCAAAUGAUCCAGAAUGCAGCAGCACAUCUGGUCUUCAACAAACCCAAGAGAGGGCAUGUUACACCCCUCCUUGUCUCUCUACAUUGGCUGCCAGUUGCUGCACGUAUCAAGUUCAAGGCUCUGAUGCGGGCAUGCAGAACAGUCACUGGGUCUGCUCCAGCUUAUCUGAAAUCAUUCCUGCCGAGCUACGUUCCCACCUGAAGGUCAGCAAAUGAAUGGUGAUUUGUUGUACCAACACAAAGAGGCACCAGAUCACUUUCCGGGACUUACGGCUUCAUGAUACCUCGGUGGUGGAAUGACCUUCCUAACUCCACCUGUGAAGCAGACUCCCUCUCUGUCUUCAAAAAACUGAAUCUUUUUAAAGUAUAAUUUUUGGUGAGCACUUGACCAUACACCACAAAAUAAAUAAAUAAAUAAAUAAAUAAAUUAUUGUUGCAAUCUAAUCUCUGACUUUGAUAGUACUUUUCUGAUGCAAUUGAAACUUUUUGUGCUACUGUCUCCUUAAUAUGAAUCGCUUAUGUUGCAUCCUUCCUCAUUCUGUAAAUUGCUUUGAAGCAUUUGUUAAAUGAAUAUAUGUAAAUGUAACAGUGUGCAGUUCACAUGUGUGUAUGUGACACACUAAAGCUAUUCUCUCAUGUGUUUUGGUUGGACUGAGUGAAUGCCGGACAUCUGUAACUACUGGCGACUAUUACAGGUCUUGCUAGAGUAACAGUGAUGGCUGUUAAUUUUCUCGCAGUAGUGUUUAAAAAUAGGCCUCUCCCUAUGAAUCACUCAGCAUUUCUUUUAAAUGACAACAGAGUGGGACGAGCAUUCAUGUGUUGUAAAUGUGAUAUAAAUAGGUGGAUAUGGCAACAGUGUACAUGACAUGAGUUUGAGGGACUACAAAACCAUAUCACCUCUUCAGCUAAACUUCAACCUCAGUUCUUUCAGUGCUGCUGGAAAACAAAUAAAAGCUUUUGUUUGAUUGUAAGUCAAAAGACAAAAUGUUUCUCUCCCUUUCCCUACAGUUUACACAAGUGUUGUUGUUUUUUUUAGCAUCCAUCAGGAAAACCCCAAUGCGACUUCUGCAUUCACAUCAUGUUCCAGCAGGAAUGUUUUCCUGAUAAGACGUCUACUCUGCACAGUUUGAGUUUGAGAUAAAUGCUAAUUUAAUUUAUAUUUACCUUAAAAGCAUGAGUGUAAGCUGAUGAUGUAAGAUGAAGAAAUGUCUUUCUUUUUGAUGUCUGCAUUCAUGUGGAUUAGUUGAAUUGAGCUGGACAACAUCUUGUCAUCCAAUGACCCCCACACCCUAGUCUUUCCUAAAGAAUUUUGACAAGGUGUAGUGCUGGUGUGUUUUGAGGGAGAUUCUGAUGGCUAUAUCAAUUUGGUGGCAUAUCCGUACGAGGAGAGCGAGGGACUGGAGCAUGAGGAGAUGCCCGAGAGAGAUCAGCCUCGCCGGAAACACUCUCGCCGCAGUCUCCACCGCUCCAGCAGCGAACACAAAGAUGACAGACCGGCUCAUGACAGUGACGCAAACGAGAAUGUGCAGGAGUUGAAGAGUCCUCGUCUGGAGCUGCAGAUGCAUUCAGAUGUUCCCUUCCAGAUGCUGGACGGCAACAGUGGUCUGAGCUCUGAAAAGAUCAGUCACAACCCCUGGAGUCUGCGCUGCCAUAAACAACAGCUCAGCCGCAUGCGCUCCGAGUCCAAAGACAGGAAACUCUACAAAUUCCUGCUGCUGGAGAAUGUGGUGCAUCAUUUCAGUUACCCCUGCAUACUGGAUCUGAAGAUGGGCACGCGACAACAUGGCGAUGAUGCAUCAGAGGAGAAGGCCGCUCGUCAGAUUAAGAAAUGUGAGCAGAGCACGUCUGCCACGCUAGGAGUGCGUGUAUGUGGAAUGCAGGUGUACCAGAUGGACACUGGUCAUUAUCUAUGCAGGAACAAGUACUACGGCCGAGGUCUGUCAAACGAGGGCUUUCGAAACGCGCUCUUUCAGUUCAUGCACAAUGGCACACAGCUGCGCAAGGACCUGUUUGAGCCCAUCCUGAGCAAACUGUGUAGUCUGAAGUGUGUGCUGGAGCGCCAGGCGUCGUACCGUUUCUACUCCAGCUCUCUGCUCAUCAUAUACGAGGGCAAAGAUCCUGAGACCGCUGACGCCUCAGAGAAGGAAAGUCAGGCCUCGCCACACGGGUCGCUGGAGAAACCCCCUGCUCUGGACCCUCACACCCCUCCUCAGGUGCCGAGCGUGGACGUGCGAAUGAUAGAUUUCGCCCACAGCACCUUUAAGGGUUUCCGUGAUGACCAAACUGUCCACGAUGGACCAGACCGAGGCUAUGUAUUCGGACUGGAGAGCCUCAUCGACAUUUUGAAGGAAAUAAGUGAGGAAAAUCAGUAGCCAGAACAUUUCUUUGUUUAUACAGAACAUCUUAUGAAACCACUCAUCCAUAAAUCAACCAGAGAAAUGUUUGUAAAAUGGCACAUUGAUAACAACAUACAGGUGUGUUUUUCUGUGUCAAUUCUGAAUUGAACUCAGGGGGCUUUUAUAAAUGCAGGAAAUGGAGGUGACCUCUAGGAUGGUUCUUAACUUGUUCCCCUGCCAUCAGGAUAGAAAUGGCUCCUGCCCCCGUCAUCAUCACAGGAGACGCUUCAACUCUUGUUUCUCUCAUGAAUUCAUCGCCACCAUGUGGCUAUCUGAAGAACUGCAGUCAUGAUUCAUUAUAAGCAGACAGCCGCUGCUCAGGGCAUGACCAGGGUCAGGUUCUCUCUACUGUGUGUGAUAGAUAGAGAGAGAGAGUAUGUGUGUGUUUGUGUGUGUUCUAAAGGUAAAGUAGGGGUGAAUUUCUGAAAUGUUUGGCUCAUAUUUCAUCUUAAAAUAAAACGAAAAUUAGGCCUUUUUUAAGACCAUUAAAAUAUGUUUGUAUUUUGACAUUAUUAUUAGAGGACUAUUAGAGGACAGGUAGAAAUUUUAUUUUCUGAAAGAAUUUUGCAUUCCCCCACAUUUAUUUUGUGUUCCCUUGCAAUAACUUUAUUCAUCCCUUACGAACAUUAACCAUGGUUUACUAUAGUAACCAUAUUUUAACCAUGAUAUUCAUAGUAAAACCACAGUAAUAAUACUGGAAAUCCAAAACUAUGGUAGUAAAAAUCAUUAUGAUUCUGCCAAAAAACAUAGUGAGUCUUACUCUAGUGACACCAUGGUUAAUUUGCGGUACAAGUAUGAUUUUUAAAACCAUGGGUUCCACUAAGAAAACAUGCCCUUACAAAAAUUAACCAUGGUUUCACUAUAGUAAACCUGCAGUAACCAUGUUACCAUUUUUUUGUGAUAAGAACCAUGGCUUUAAAAACCUUAGUACAUGUACCACAAAUUAAACAUGGUGUUACUAGUAAAACUAACCAUGUUUUUUGUCAGAAUGAUUAUUAUUUUACCAUGCUUUUACCAUGAAUAUCAUGAUUAAUGAACAUAUGGUUACUGUAGUAAAAAUCAUUGUAAGUUUUGUGGUUUUACUACAAAUACCAUAGUUAAAUUUCACUGUAGUAAAACCAUUAUGAUUAAUUUUCGUCAGGGAAGAAUAAAUGUAUUGUGAAUGAACGCAAAACUAUUUCAGAGGACAGAGAGGAAUUCUGAUUACUGUAAUGUGUCGACACAUUUUACAUUUGUGGUUGUUUGUAAUUUUUAUUAUUCUCAGUGAUAAUUCACAAUGAUGACAAUGAUUUUUUAUUAUCGUUAUUGUAUGAUUUUAUUUGUAUAUUUAAAUUCAGUACAACAAAUGCAAUAGAAUUACAAUUGUACUUUGCAAUUGAAUAAUAUACUGUAUAAUCAAUACCCCCCCCCCCCCCCCAUACAAUGUGUGUAAUUGUAAGGAAUGUGAAAAUGUCAUAUUAAUGGUCCUAGGCUUAUAAAUAGGCUUAUUUUAAUAAUUGUCUUUGUGCUAAUAUUUAAUUUAGUAGUUUUGAUUUUGAGGGUGAAAUAUGAGGCAAAAUGUACCAAUGUGGGUUGAUCAGGAGUUUGGGGGUGCAGUAUUUAUCAGAAGUUAUAAAGGGAGUCGUUUAGCUCAGAAUAGGUGGUGAAAGCUUUAUUGUAGGAGAUGGGGGCAUUUAAAAGGGUUUUAUAAAGCCCACUUCUCUGAUUACAAGAUAAGGAAUUGAUGGCAAUAGUUGAUAAAUCAAUUUAUAACAGCUCAAAUGUUGCUUUUUCUGUAGCUACUAUAUCUUAGUUUAUUUAGAGCAAUCAUUACAUUUUGCUCUGUUUUAUUUUUGGAGUUAUUUUUUCCCCUGCCUCUUUUUUAAGCAGUCUUAGGGAUAUUGGUGGAAUAGUUUGUUUAUUUGUAUUCUUGAAUUGAGAUAACCCUUAUGUUACAAAGCCUUUACCUAUCCCAAACACGUGCUUAUCAUUACACAAGAAAAUCUCACUGGAACAUCUGCACUAGAGAUUAUUCUAAACACAUUACAAAAGCAUGAUUUUUUUUUUUUAGUAUGUUUUAGGGUUGUUUUGAAGGCUUGUCUGUUAGUUAUACUGAUACAUAGUGAAAUUUUGUCCACCAUCAGCACAUGUAGCAACACAAAUUAAAGAAAAACAUUAGAGAAAACAGUCCGCCUUCCCACGAUUUGUUGCUGUGUGUCCUGUCAGCAUCGUGAGUGAGUGGAGGAUGUCUCCAGUCUCCUCGUAGUGACACAUUUAGGAUGUUCUCUGUGUCGGUGGAAAUAUUCUUCCUUCAUCCUUAUAAUGAAAAAUUGACACUUUUCUACUUUCUCUAGCAACCAGAUAUCACUUCCGCCCAUAUUGUCAAAUUAUUAUAACUGCAUUAAUUUGUCUUAUCCUUCAUUCAUUGAUGUUGAUCAGACGUGUUACUGUAGGGAUGUGUCUGUAUUUAGACCUUUGAUUGUGGUCUGUAGCCAUAUCUGAGUUGCACAGAAGUGUCUCGCUUACAUUUAUGUUUUUGCAACUGUUUACGAAAGUCAUAGCCAUUAUGAUUGAUCUGAACAUAUAACUCUGCCCUAAAACGCUUCUCAAGUCACACUUAAAAAUAUCUGAAUGUCUCUGCAUUCGAUAAAAUAUGAAACCAAGUGUCAUUUAUUUUCACGAAAGUUUAAAUAAAAUAACAUUCAGGCACUUUUAAGAGUGGCUUAAGUGUCCAGAUACUUUUUGGGGCCACUGUGUGCGAUUAAUGGCACCUCUGAUCAUUUUAGUAAACUUUGAAGGGAAUGUUUGAGGAAAAAUGCCACUUGUGUGAUGUGUUCUGUCAAUAAAUAAGCAUUGUACAGCAAUUCUGUUUCAAAACAUUAUGUAUACAUGAUACAUCACUGAUAAACGUGUAGCUAUUUUGAGUAUUUGAAGCUUUCGAGUGUGCUGUAGCUUCGGAAAUGGAGAAAUGCAGAGAUCAUGAUGCAUGUUACAGGGAUGAAUUCAUCUGUGGAUGUUCUUUGUCUUUUAUAGAUGUGACAUAGAACCUGUAGAGAAAGACAAAAAAAACAAAAAAACAAUUAUCCUCUUUAUUGUUGCAUGGAUGGAUAUUUUUUUAAGAAAAAUAUAAAAUGACAUCUUUGAAUGUGACCUAUAAAUAAUUUAUUUAACAA